AUGUCACUAACUAUCUUCUUCUUUGUCUUGCAAUUGUUUGCAAGGUCAAGGGUACUAUUAGCUACUGAAGGAAGAGACCAUUGUUUAAUCACCCCAAAGCCCAUUAUGAACAUUGGUGCUGUGCUUGAUUUGUAUUCACUAAUGGGAAAGCAACAGAAGAUAGCCAUGGAAAUUGCAAUAGAAGAAUUCAAUCUCUUGAGUUGUUCCAAGCUGGAUUUGAAUGUACAAAAUUCUCUUGGGAAUUCGGCUCGAGCAAUUGCUAGUGCUACGGAUCUCGCUGAGAGCAAGCAAGUCCAAGCUAUCAUAGGAACAUUAACACAAAACGAAGCAACUCUGGCACGCGAAUUAAAUGACUACAUGAAGACCAUUCCAAUAUUCUCUCUCAGUUCCCCAACAACAAGCAAAGAUUUAUUAUCUCCUCAAUUGCCACACGUCAUUAAUUUGGGAGAUGAUAUGAGGUUUCACAUGCAAUGCAUUGCAGCAAUUGUAGGAGAAUUCAAAUGGCAAAAGGUGACAAUAAUCUAUGAAGUUAACAACGGGUUUUCUUAUGAUCCAGGAAUACUACUUGAACUCUCCUAUUCUCUUAGACUUGUUGGUUCUGAGAUUGAUAACCACUUAUCUUUGCCUUCUUUAUCCACUCUAUCUGACCCAAAAGCUACAAUUGAACAUGAGCUUAAUAAGCUCAAAAGCAAGAGUAAUAGGGUCUUCUUGAUCGUGCAAUCUUCUUUAGAGUUGUCUAGUAUACUUUUUGAGAAAGCAAAGCAAAUGGGUUUGAUGGAAAAAGGUUCUGUGUGGGUUAUCCCAAAUGUGGUUGCCGGCCUUCUUGAUUCAGUUAACUCUUCUGUUAUCUCUAACAUGCAAGGAGUUAUUGGAUUUAAGACACACUUCAACGAAACGAGCGAAGCAUUUAGAAAGUUCAAGCUCAAAUUUCGAACCAGAUUUGCACUGGAGUUUCCUGAAGAAGAGAACAUCAACCCAAGUUUCUUUGCACUUCAAUCAUAUGAUACAACCUGGGAUAUUGCUAAAGCUGCAAAUAAAUCACAAGGGAAGUUGACCCUUGAUGAAUUAUUCAAAAGUAAUAUCUCCAGGAAUAGCAAAUUACGACAAUCACCACCCUUCAAUAUAAUUAAUGUGAUAGGGAAAAGUUACAAAGAGUUGGCAUUAUGGUCUCCAACACUAGGUUUCUCAAAGAACUUUGUCACCCAUCACUUACAGAAUAUGAAAACGAAUAAUGUUUCUAAUGGAGUUUUGAGCACAGUUUAUUGGCCAGGAGGCUUACAAUUUGUUCCUAAAGGAUGGACUGACAACACUAAGGAAAGGGCAAUGCAAAUAGCAGUACCUUCAGAAGGUGCCUUUAGUCAGUUUGUGAAUGUGACAUAUGAUCAGAGCAAGAAUACAACUUCCAUUACUGGUUUCUCAAUAGAUGUCUUUAAAGCAGCCGUUAAUAAUCUUCCUUAUGACUUGAAAUACGAGUUCAUUCCAUUUAAUGGAUCUUAUGACGAAAUGGUUGGUCGAGUUCAUAAUAAGACAUUGGAUGCUGCUGUGGGGGAUACAUCAAUAAUGGCUUAUAGAUAUCAUUUAGUCGACUUCUCACAACCAUAUAUUGAAUCCGGCCUCGACAUGGUAGUUACUGAGCAGUCAGCUAAACCUAAUGAAACAUGGAUUUUUAUGGAUGCCUUUACAAAAGAGAUGUGGUUGAUGAUGAUAGCAUUGCACAUUUUUGUGGGGUUUGUCAUUUGGUUGAUUGAACGACAAGUUAAUGAAGAACUACAGGGAUUGGGGUCCAUGCUUUGGUUUUUAGUAACUGUAAUUUUCUAUGCACACAGAGAAUCAAUUAGAAGCCCCUUGGCUCGAACUGUGCUAGCACCAUGGUUAUUUGUUAUCCUCAUUGCAACAAGUAGUUUCACAGCAAGUUUGACAUCCAUGAUGACUGUUUCUCAACUACAGCCAUCAGUAUUAGAUAUUGAAACCCUUCAGAAAACAAAUUCUCCGGUUGGUUGUGAUGGAAAUUCGUUUAUUGUGAAGUAUUUGACUGAUGUGCUAAAAUUCAAGCAUGAGAACAUUAGGAAAAUUAAAUCCAUAAGUGAUUACCCUGCUGCCUUUCAGAACAAGGAUAUCAAAGCCGCUUUCUUUGUUUCACCUCAUGCUAAAGUAUUUUUGGCAAUGUACUCAUGUAAGGGCUUCAUCAAAGCAGGGAACACUUUGAAGCUUGGUGGCUUUGGUUUUGUAUUUCCAAAGGGCUCCAAUCUGGCUAUUGACAUAUCUGAGGCAUUGCUUAAAGUGAUAGAGAGUGGAGAAAUAGAGCAACUAGAAAAAUAUAUGCUAUCAAGGGGAACCAAAGCCAAUUGUUCUCCUUCAGAGAAAAAGGAAAAAGAUGGGUCUUCAAUAGGACUUCAGCCUUUCCUUGGCCUAUUUUGCAUUUGUUCUACUAUUGCUAUUUUGGCAUUGUUGUAUAAUAUGAUUUGUUUGUUCAUGAAGAAUGUAGAGACCUUGACUAGUCACAUACACAUAACAUUAACACAAGUAAGGAGAAUAUGGAGAUGGAUAACCACAUAUUUUGCUAGUAGUUGUUCAAGACUCCAAUCAAGAAGUAAGAGAAGAGUAAGUACUACCACAGUAACAAGAAAUGCAGAGGAGACAGUCACUAAUAGUCAACAAAGCCCAGUGGUUGUUGAUAUUGUCGAUAUAGUAUUGGCUGCUCAUCCUUCCUGA